AUGUUGCCCUUCUCUUUGCUCUGGGCGACUCGGCCUCUGCGGAGAUGUGGUCGGCUGGCCAGGAUGGCCAUACGGUGCCAGCACAGCGAGGCAGCCCAGACGCAGACUGGAGAAGCAACCAAGGGCUGGUCAGGCCAGGAGAGUCUAUCGGACAGUGACCCUGAGAUGUGGGAGCUGCUACGGAGAGAGAAGGACAGGCAGUGUCGUGGCCUGGAGCUCAUUGCUUCAGAGAACUUCUGCAGCCGAGCUGCGCUGGAGGCCCUGGGGUCCUGUCUGAACAACAAGUACUCGGAGGGUUAUCCUGGCAAGAGGUACUAUGGAGGAGCAGAGGUAGUGGAUGAAAUCGAGCUGCUGUGUCAGCGCCGGGCCUUGGAGGCCUUUGACCUGAAUCCUGCUCAGUGGGGAGUCAAUGUCCAGCCUUACUCGGGGUCCCCAGCCAACCUGGCUGCCUACACAGCCCUUCUGCAGCCUCAUGACCGAAUCAUGGGGCUGGACCUGCCCGAUGGGGGCCAUCUCACCCACGGCUACAUGUCUGAUGUUAAGCGGAUCUCAGCUACAUCCAUCUUCUUCGAGUCUAUGCCCUAUAAGCUGAAUCCCAAAACCGGCCUCAUUGACUAUGACCAGCUGGCACUCACUGCUCGGCUCUUCCGACCUCGACUCAUCAUAGCUGGUACCAGUGCCUAUGCUCGCCUCAUUGACUAUGCCCGCAUGCGAGAGGUGUGUGAUGAGGUCAAGGCACACCUGCUGGCGGACAUGGCCCACAUCAGUGGCCUGGUGGCUGCCAAGGUGAUCCCCUCACCUUUCGAGCAUGCGGAUGUUGUCACCACCACCACUCACAAGACCCUUCGAGGGGCCAGGUCAGGACUCAUCUUCUACCGGAAGGGGGUGCGGGCUGUGGACCCCAAGACGGGCCGGGAGAUCCCUUACACGUUUGAGGACCGAAUCAACUUUGCCGUGUUCCCAUCCCUGCAGGGGGGACCCCACAACCAUGCCAUUGCUGCGGUGGCUGUAGCCCUAAAGCAGGCCUGCACCCCCAUGUUCCGGGAGUACUCCCUGCAGGUUCUGAAGAACGCUCGGGCCAUGGCUGAUGCCCUGCUAGAGCGAGGCUACUCGCUGGUGUCUGGUGGCACUGACAACCACCUAGUGCUGGUAGAUCUGCGGCCCAAGGGCCUGGAUGGAGCUCGAGCUGAACGAGUGUUGGAACUCGUAUCCAUCACGGCCAACAAGAACACCUGUCCUGGAGAUCGAAGUGCCAUCACACCUGGGGGCCUGCGGCUGGGGGCCCCAGCCUUGACUUCUCGACAGUUCCGUGAGGAUGACUUCCGGAAAGUUGUGGGCUUUAUAGAUGAAGGCGUCAACAUCGGCUUGGAGGUGAAGAGCAAGACCGCCAAACUCCAGGAUUUCAAAUCCUUCCUGCUCAAAGACCCAGAAACAAGUCAUCGGCUGGCUGCCCUCAGGCAACGGGUGGAGCAGUUUGCCAAGGCCUUCCCCAUGCCUGGUUUUGAUGAGCACUGA